AUGUGCCAAUCUGGAAGCUUCCGCAGCGAUACGUUCGAAAAUAUCGUUGACGAAGCUGUUCAUGAUGCUCAUCGCUUUGCUGGAUAUACCCGUAUCGGGAUGUACCUGCUUCAGUACUUUGUAGAUAAAAGUACCGAAUUGUUGAUCAGAAAAUUGCCUUUCCAACGGCUGGUCCGUGAAAUAGCGCAAGAUUUCAAGACCGAUUUGCGAUUCCAAAGUUCUGCUGUAAUGGCACUCCAAGAAGCUAGCGAAGCGUACCUGGUCGGACUAUUCGAGGAUACGAACUUGUGCGCGAUCCACGCUAAGCGAGUAACGAUCAUGCCGAAAGAUAUACAGCUGGCAAGACGUAUUAGGGGCGAACGUGCCUAA